AUGACGCGAUUCGCGCGCGACGAAAUACCCGCUCCGCAUGUGCUCCCGUCGCAUGACACGAACACUCACACAACCAUGGCUACCGUUGGUUUCUGUGGAGAGUGGUUUAUUUUGAUCAGUGACAAGAAACUCGUUGCAACUCACAGCAAACAGGACAGAGACACGUUUGUGUUUGACUGCAGCACAGCUGAGAAGAAGCCCAAGAGUGUGAAGGAUGAUAACAGUGAUGGUGGAGCCUCAGAGGAAACAGGAAGUGACAAAGCCCUCGCCUUCGCCGUGUCUUCAUCUGGAAAGCUCGUGGCGCUGACCGAUGACUCCAAGAGACUCGUCCUGUUCCAAUGUGAGCCGUCAUGGCGGUGUAUCAGUGUCAGGUGGGUGGUGAGGAGAUGCACCGCCCUGACGUUCAGCCGGGCGGAGGACGAGCUGCUGGCGACGGACAAGUCGGGAGACGUGUACUCCUUCUCAGUGGUGGAGCCGCACAGGGAGGGCGAGCUGAAGAUGGGCCACCUGUCCAUGCUGCUGGCCGUAAGCAUGUCGCCAGACGACAAGUACCUCAUCACAGCCGACCGCGACGAGAAGAUCCGAGUGAGCCACCGCAGGUCGCCGCACAACAUCCAGUCCUUCUGCCUGGGACACCAACAGUUUGUCAGUGCUCUGCUGGUCCCUGCAGGUCAUCCACACUGGCUGCUCUCUGGAUCGGGGGACGGGACCGUGAAGCUGUGGGAGUACGAGUCCGGCCGGAUGCUGCAGAGCUGCGACCUCAAGGAGCUGCAGGAUGCACCGAGCUCCGAGGCCGUCGCACACAAGGCAACUGUGUGCCGCAUCACCAGCUCUCCUGGCGCUCGCUCCGUGGCUGUGCAGUGUGAAAGAGUGUCCACCGUUCAGUUGUUUACGCUGCACCAGGAGGGCGAGGAGAAGCUCCUCCCACACAGCAGGCUCUCCCUGCCCCACUGCCCCCUGGACAUGACCUUUGACCCCGAGGGCCGUCUCUGGGUGCUGAUGGACUCCAGUGAUGUUCCGCUUCAGAUGUACACACUCAGACGAGACUCCUGGGAGUGUGACGCUGGGAGCCCUGAAGUGAAUAGAGUGACUGAAGCCUUCAAGCCACACUCAGAGACACUUGAGGCCUCCAGGGGGACCGACAGCCGCUUCGAGCACCUGUUCAAGGUGAGCUUCGACAACGUGACGUCGUACCUGCAGAAGAAGCAGCAGCGGCUGGAGGAGCAGCAGCUGAAGAGGGCGAAGGCACGCAAAGCAAGCGGCAGCAAGAAGGCCAAGAAGGAGGAGGUGGCAGGAGCUGGAAUUCAGUCCUCCGCCUGAACGGACUCUUUGAGAGACAACUGUCACUUCCUGUUUGAGGAUCGUGUUUAAAUUGAUGAUCGUGUUUAAGUUGAUGAUCGUGUUUAAGUUGCGUUGAUGAAGCCCCCAGGGAGCAUGUGCUGCACCACAUGGCCUCUGGGGGAGAGAUUUAUGUUUGUUUUACAUUCUUAGCUGAUUUAUGCAAAAUAAAUGUUGCAGCGAG